CAUUCUUCGACCCCCUCCCUCCUUCAUUCAAAACUUAAACUAAACACUCCCUAUCUCUCUCUUUCUCUCUCUCUCUCUCAAAUGGAGGGUCUUAUUCCUUUCGUGUACAGGGCCAUUGUCCAAUACAAAAAUGGUGGGCAGAGGUCGUGGUUGAGCGAGUCGCCUUCAUGUUCAUACAUACUACUCCCUGGUGAUUCCGGCCGCUUCCAGACCUCCGAUAUCCAACUUUUCCGCUCAGAUUAUGCUUUCUCCGCUACUUCUUCAUCUUCAAUGGCUCCUUCCGCCAACGCCAAGAUCAUGGUCUCCACCGGAGUUCAGUCUCCGGCUCGUCGUAUGACUUCUCGUCGAGUUGUUACGUGAAUGUUGUGCUACCGAUGGUACUGUGUGACGCGCCUGAGGAAACCCGAAGGGGCGUGACUAGUUGAAUAUGGUUGGGGUUUGAACCUGUGUAUGAUAAUCUUCUUUUAUUUUCUUUAAAAGCUUCUUAGUUUGGGGUUAAUAAGCAUGCGGAAUACCAAAGGAGCCGUACGCUUUGUGUUGUUAGUGUGAAAUCAAAGUUACCGAUUAUCAAAAAUCCAAGCUAUGUCUCUGUAAAUAUUGUUGUGAUGAUUGGGAAUAUUUGAUGUUUUAAUGCCCAAAAGGGCCGUGCUGUCUAUCAAUUGUAAAAUUCAUCUCGUUUACUUUUUGCUUCCA